ACAAUAUAUUAUGGGAAAUUAAUGUUAAUGUGCAGAAAGCUAGGGAGACACUGAAUAGGUAGUCACUUCAGCAAAGAAUGAUUAAUAACUUUAACUAAAUGAUGAAUAGAUGCAGGCAAUAAGUAACUCCGAUAAUAAGUAAACCCAAUUUCAAAUAAAUGAAUAACCUUUUCAUACCCCAAUUGUAACACCUGGAAAGCAAUUACAAGGAUCAUCAAGAUAUUUUGAGGCCAAAUAGCCUGCAGUUGUUGAGAGCUGUAGCGAAGAAAACUAGAACAAACAACCAUUUGAAAAGAGUUAACAUUAAUAUGAGUUGGAAAAUGGAGCCAUUUAUAAGGGAGAAUGGGUAACAAAAUGAUUAUAAUAAUAAGAUUGGAAAUAUCAGAGAAGGGUUUGGAGAAUAAAUUUGGAAGGAUGGGGCAAAAUACGUUGGAUAGUGGAAAAAUAAUAAGGCUGAGGGUAGGGGUACAUUUUAUCAUGUUGAUGGAGAUAUAUGUACAUAUUCAAAAUAUAGUUAGAUGAAGGAGAAUGGAAAGAUGAUAAAGCACAUGGAAAGGGGAAAUAUACUCAUGUAAACGGAGCAUAAUAUGAAGGAGAUUGGUUUGAAGAUUAACAACAUGGAAAUGGAGUGGAAAAAUGGACUGAUGGGAGUAAGUAUGAUGGAGAGUAUAAAAACGGAUAAAAAGAGGGGAUUGGAAAAUAUUUGUGGCCAGAUGGGAGUAGUUAUGAAGGGCAAUGGUUGAAUAAUAAAAUUAAUGGUUUUGGAAAAUAUAAUUGGGCAGAUGGAAGAAGUUUUGAGGGUCAAUGGGUGGCCAAUUAGAUGCAUGGAAAAGGUAAGUACUAAUGGCCAGAUGGUAGAGUGUAUGAAGGGGAUUACAUCUAUGAUAAAAAACAUGGGUAUGGUACUUAUAUUUGGAAUGAUGGAAAGAAGUAUGCUGGAAAUUGGUUUGAAGGCAAAUAGCAUGGGAAAGGAUCGUUGAUUCAUGCAGAUGGGCAUAUUAUUGAAGGAGAAUGGCAUGAAGGUAAAAGAAUUAAAUGA